AUGAAUGAUUCCAACAACCCGAUUGGCGAAGAUGCACAUAAAUGCACAUCUACCCAGCAAGGAGUAAUUGAUGAUAUUGUUGCGGAAAGGGUCAAUGUCUUCACUACAUUGGAUGAUGGUAACGCGAUAUCUUUGGAAGACAUUUCUUUAUUUGAAGAAACUCAUGUGAAUAACCCAUGCGAAGAUAUUAUUAAAGGUAUCCAUGACAAAAUUAACGAAGAAGUUCCUGAAGUUGGCAUGACUUUUGAUAAUGUAGACCAACUGAAGCAAUCCUACAGGACAUACGCUAUUAAAUGUGAGUUCGGUGUCAGAAUAAGAAGUUCAUCAAAAGGAGAAGACAAUGAGUUAUGCUUCAUAAGGUUAGUUUGUAGUCGUGAAGGUAAGUGUCAUGUCGCAGUUCCUUCAGAAGUAAAAAGUCUCCCGUCACAGAGAAAAGAAUGUCCUGCCAGAAUUAGCGGUGUGAAGAAGGAAGGGCAGUGGUAUAUACGCCACGUUAACAAUGUCCACAACCAUGACCUUAGUCCAAAAAAGUCCAGGUUGAUACGGGGAAACAAAAAAAUAAGCAUGCAAGUCAAGAGGACACUAGAUAUGAAUGAUGAAGCCGGAGUGCGCAUUAACAAGAGUUUCCAAUCAUUAGUUUGUGAAGCAGGUGGGUUUGAAAAUGUUCCAUUUGUUGAGCGUGAUGUAAGGAAUUACAUCGAAAAGCAACGCAGGAGAUUGUGCAAGGAUGGUGAUGCGCAGGCUCUCAUAACACACUUCUCAAACAUGCAACAAUUGAACAAUGACUUCUACUAUGACAUUGACUUGGAUUCCGAUGAUCGCAUCUCAAACGUUUUUUGGCUUGAUGCGCGUAGUCGUGCAGCAUGCCAAGAAUUUGGAGAUGUUAUAUCUUUCGACACAACGUAUUUGACCAACAAGUACGAUAUGCCAUUUGCACCUUUUGUCGGUAUUAAUCACCAUGGGCAAUCAAUAUUAUUAGGAUGUGGACUGUUGUCAUCAGAAGAUACAUCCACCUUUGUUUGGCUAUUUCAGAGUUGGCGUCGAUGCAUGUCCAACAGGUCACCUGAGGGAAUUGUCACGGAUCAAUCCAAAGCCUUGCAAAACGUAAUUGAAAUUGUUUUCCAACAUACAAGGCAUAGAUGGUGCCUUUGGCACAUAAUGAAAAAAAUUCCGGAGAAGCUGCAAGGGUACUCCCAAUAUAAAAGAAUUAAGUGCGAAUUGAAGAAAUUGGUAUACGAGAGUGUUAAUGUUCUUGACUUUGAAAGUGGUUGGAGUGAAUUCUUGAUGAAAUAUGAAUUACAAAACAAUGAAUGGCUAGGAACACUAUAUGAAGACAGAUAUAGAUGGGUGCCGACGUACUUGAAAAGUAAUUUUUGGGCAGGAAUGUCAACUACACAGCGAAGUGAGGGCCUGAAUGCUUUCUUUGAUGGUUUUAUCAAUUCCACAACCACAUUGCAUCAUUUUGUUGUGCAAUAUAAUAAUGCACUAAAACACAAAGCGGAAAAGGAAUGUGAAGCUGAUUUUGCCUCAAUGAACACAAUUAUUCCUUGCGCCACUCAUUCCUUGAUAGAGCGCCAGUUUCAUGAAAAUUACACAAAUGCAAAGUUUGAGGAGAUCCAAAAGGAGUUUAGAUCCAAAAUGAAUUGUGUAAUAAAAAAUGUAGAUGUCGACGACUUUGUCUCCAAUUACAUUGUGUUGCAAGAGUGUUUAUGGGAUGGUGAUCGUGCAAACAAGUACCAUAAAGUUAUUUACAAUUCCCACACUCAAACAAUCACUUGCACGUGCUUGUUGUUUGAGUUUCGCGGGAUAUUGUGCCGCCACUGUUUGGUAGUUUUAGCCCAAGAAGAAGUCAAAACUGUACACUCAAGAUACAUAAUUCCAAGGUGGAGUAAACUGAUUCGAAGGAGAUACUCUUCAAUGAGAGCCGCUUACAACAACAAAAGUGACGAUCCGCAAAUGGUAAGGUACCAAGCGCUGUGCAAAGAAUUCUUUGAACUUGCGGAUGUCGCAUGCGAAACUGAGUCUGCCAUUGAAAUUUUGUUUAAUCAAUUGAAGUCCUUGCGCAACAGCAGUAGCCACUGUUCUGGGGUUAUGCAGAUCCAAAUCAACUGCCCCACACCCGGUGGGCAAAUUAACACAACAGUGCGGAGUCCCGUUGCUGUGAAGAGAAAGGGGCGGCCACGUGUUGCAAGGAUGAAAUCAGCCGUGGAGAAGGUUGCCAAGAAAAAAAAGUCUGCUUAUCCAAAUUUAAAAACAGACUACAACACCUAUGCGCCUGUGGAUGUUGAUGUCUGUGAUGAUAACCAACAUUGUGAUAGUCAAGGAACAAACACUCCUAAAUGGAAUGCGAGUGUUCCCAAUUCAGGUUUCAUGUCCUUGUUAACCUCGGUUCAAAGCAAUGAGUUCCACAGUCAAAUGUCUCCAUCAUCGUCGCAAUUAUGGUGA